GGACAAAGUGCGAAUGCGUCGUGAAAGGAAGUUCUGUCCAUGAAUGAGUGAAGAACAAAGUGGCUCGUGCAGGCUGUCGAUGGAAAAGGUGGGAACAUUCGAAGGGUGGAGUUGGUGAAGGGGUGGAGCGUGCAUAACAAGUGGGGAGCGAGGUUGUCUUGUGCAUGCGACGGGCUUGCUGGCGGUUUGGCAAUUCGUUGGCACUUGUGGGCAUCUCCCAGUGACCCCAGGGAGUCCCCAUUCAAAACUACUCGGCACCCAGGAGCCAGGCCAAAACGCUCCCUUCUCUUCUCUUCCCCAUCGAGCAGCCAUCAUGCUCAACUUCAAGAUCUAGGAAGAAGCGACUCUUUGGCAGUCUGCUUGUGAGAUCUGGACGGACCAUCUCUCCUCACUACUCUUAAUUUAAUUUGUUACAUCUCUACUCUCUGGUAUCUUUCCGUUCUCCUGAUUGCCUGCCUGUUUGUCUAGCAACGUUUUCUCUUGUUCGCGCGGCAUUCGCUUGCACUCUGCGACAAAGGAAAAUAGGACCAACAGACAUUCCUCCACCGAGUUCAUCAUCUUUCUUCUCCAGCAGCCCGCGGAGUCAGCCUCUGCGCCGCUCUCGUCAACAACAGCCAGCAACCGUCACACACUCACCCGCUGGCUCUGUGUUUCUCCAAUACCGUAUACACCACACCAUCCCGUCAAAAAAGAACAAGGAAUCCGCCGCCUGUCGAACAAAGGCGAGAAAAAGAGGGAGCUUCGCAAGAACGCUACCUAACCACUCAUUUCCCCCCCCCUUUUGAGCUGCACAGGCAACUUAACCAGCCCGGUGACUACCAAGUCGCCACAGCCCUUCUGAAAGACCCGUUUUCAGGCUUCCGUUGCUGAGCGCCAGGUCACACCACACAGACCACAGGGGGCACACUGCCAGUUGGGGCCACCUGUUUUCACCUAGCGGCAACAGUCGGUUAGGCCUUCGCCACUCUGAAUUUAACGGGAAGAGUCAUCCAGACCAGGGGGCCACCCGUAGCCAGCAGCUUAUCUUAGGUCGCCCCAGAAGACACGCGCUUCAUAGGAGUCACAUUACCGCUCUCCUCAGGCCGUCGCCAUCACCAUACUCUCACUUUAAAGAGUCCGUCGGCCUCGCAGCCACACCGCAGUUGGAGAGAGACAGCCGAUCGGUACCUGCAUAGCCUGCCACUGUCAAGGACCACCUAGUCCACCACGCCUGCAUCUUCAGCUACUGCAAAUCCGAUCGUCGAGUCUCGACCCGCUGUUAGCCAUCCACACGAUUGCACCCUUACACCAACCACCAUCAACAACACCUCGCCUCCCGCCCCUUAUGGUACGCAACUAGCUGCCAUAUAGCCUCAACCACCGCUCUUCUGCUCCAGCAAAGCGAAGGGACACACACACGAUGCCUCUUGCGAAAAAUAACUCUACUCCAGUCGCCGUCUCCGUCCCGUCUACCGGUCUGCUCGUUCGUGAAAAGUUGGCUCUCUUUAGCACCCUGUUCUAGGAGUCUUCUGUCCAUUUCGACAUUCAAAGUUUGGCAGCAAUCUUCAAGAUUUGCUGCAGGACUUGCAUCUCGUUAAUUUCACGAUCUGUUCAGCACACUGGUUUAAUCGGUAAUCACGGCGUGACGGCGACUGGAGGUUGUUGGAAGCACUUCCACCCACCAUAACCCAAGAUGAAGCUCGACACAUACUUGUCCCCCGCAUUUAUCAACCCCCUUACCUCUCUCCACAAUGCCACUUACAACCAACCCUUAGCCGCGUUGGCGUCCGCUUCUACCACCUCGAUCUGGUCCGACGCAUCCUCCCAGCACUCGGACGACAAUACCUCCAACGGACCCUCUUCCGACUCCGAAUUCAGCGAAUCCUGCUUUUCUAUUGCGCCCACAUCUUCUCAGAGCUCAGUAAGCUCCUUUGGAAGCUACUGCGAGCCAGUCAUCAAGAGCUGCGAUCCUUGGGUCCGCCAGCAACAUGAACAGUAUUCUCAGCCCGAAUCAUGCGCGCCAUUGCGCCAGAACCCCCGCCGAACCUCUAACUCUGCGACCUCACGGACUGGGCGUCCCCCUGCGCUCGUGCGCCAGGCUGACCGGAAGGUCAAUUUUGUUGACAACCUCGUCGACACUUCGACCCACAUGGUCGAAGCCAUCUGGCCUACGUCAUCGCCAGCUUGCAAAGAGGUGGGCGGCAGUGCUGUGCUCCCGCUGCGCAGUUUCAUUCAAGAAACUUUGCGCCGGUCCCGCACCAGCUACUCGACCCUUCAAGUUGCCUUGUACUACCUUGUCCUGAUUAGACCCCACGUUCCGAACCAUGAUUUCACCAUGGAACAGCCCGACAGCAACCGAGAAUGCCAGGCCCUCCAAUGUGGUCGCCGCAUGUUCCUCGCAGCUCUUAUCUUGGCGUCCAAGUAUCUGCAAGAUCGCAACUACUCGGCCCGUGCCUGGAGCAGAAUCUCUGGACUCAAAACAUCCGAGAUCAACCAAAACGAGAUGGCAUUCAUAUUGGCUGUGAACUGGAACCUGCACAUCACAGAGGAAACCUACAAGAAGUGGUCUGAAUCAGUUCUCAAGUUCACCCCCCAGCCUCCUUCGCCUCCCAGCCCCUCAGCACAGCGCGUCUACGAACAGCAGUGCGAACAGUUUCAACGGCUUAUUCUCAACCUGACGCCCUCGCUCGACAAUUUGGAAGAGUUGGCUCCUUGGCUGCGGGCCACUCGGGAGGUAUCUAUUCAGGCCAUCUGCAGCUCCCCUGAGAGUGCCAAUCCUUGGGGCGAUCUGGAUGCGGCUCUCAACCCACGUUUGGCACCAGUCGUUAUGGAGCCAAGUCCUCCUUCGGCAUACGUUCCUGGCCGCUUUGCGCCUGCAUUAGGCCUGUUGCCUACACCACGCAUGACUCCCCAAACUCGUGGAUUCAGCACUCCUGCUGUGAGUGCUGCUUCCCACAUUCUUGGAAGAAGUUCAUCAAUGGGUUUCGCCAUGGCCCAAGCCUCCUCCACGUCUGUUGCUCAGACCUUGGAUCGGUGGCCCCCCGCUGUCACCUCGUCUCCCAUGAAUCACCUUCCCCGCAGGUCAUCUCUUGCCAACUCGGUCUCGACCGCCUCCUCGCCAGAGUCAAUGGUAUCGGAUUCUUCUCGUCUUUCUCGCUCUUCUUCGAUCUCGUCUCUUUCUUCGGUUAACGCGCCGUCAGCCAAAUUGGAUGCUCAGGCGCGAUGCCGGUAUGGAAGGUCGUUCAGUGAGAGGAUGAGCCUGAAGCCCACCAUCGCUUCGGUUCCCGAAGUCUAUGAGGAGGGUCAUUGUCUGACAGCGUCGCCGGAGUCUUACACCGGCCCGGCGGGUAAGGACUUUUACGAUGGCACGCUGGAUGCUCAAUAUGCGUGCAGGCAGCGUGAGGUGAAUGAUGCGGCCAUGGCCCUUCAAGAGUUGCAGCGUCAAGCGGUCGAUUCUUCGUCAGCUCCGGUCAGAAUCGGAACCAAGCGAAGCCGGACCUUUUCAAUGGACAAUGCCCAGCUGCAGGAGAGUGUGCGUGGAUACCUUUCAAUGGACUCGACCAACGCCGGUGCCUGGCCCGAGUCGAUGGUUCGAGGAAGUCACAAGAGAGUCUGCUGCUCAACCGAGGCGGCUCAGCCGUACAUGAUCUCUUCGCUUCACCCAGCAGUCGGAGGACCAGGAGGUCCAGGGAUGUGGCAGGGAAUUCUGCAGUAA